AUGCUCAGAGCGUUUGACGAAGCCCAACAUACUGCACAACGUUAUCUGUUGUCGACCGGCACAGGAUCUACCCCUGCUUUACCCCGAAGCUUUCUUUUAGUCCCGGGAGAUACUAUAUCAUCAUCGACAGAGCCAUCUGCUCUGCCAUUGACAUUGUCAUCCGCCCUUGGCUCGACAGCCGCACCCAUUGUGCGUACCACCAGCAACCCAUCUGAGCUCGCGUGGCCGAUAUUCAUAACAGGCGACGGGCCAGUCAUAAGUGAUAACCAACUUCUCAGCAGCACACGCAACACUGAAGCUUCCAGGGUGAUAUCGGAAGUGGACUCUCUGAUCGACGUGCGUCACAGGGUAUUGGACUUUGCUUUUGACUCGCCCCUUUCUACGGUCAUUGUUACAGCCUUACCAGGCACUUUUCUCCUCGUUGCCCGCCAGCUGCCGGAUACUUGGGCGAACAGACAUCAAACAUCUAUUGCAAACGCGUUGCACUUCAUCGCACUCACCAGCUGCGCGAAUCAUCAACUCGAAUCCAGCGACUUGUUGGUACUCGUUUUUGUCAUGGUUGCGUUUGACGUGUUUCAGCGAGUCUUAGCGGCGGGCGCUACCGACCCUCACGGCGAAUCAGAUCCUCAACCCCGCUCGCCCUCGCCUUCCGAAACCCUCCGCAGCCAAACGCAUUCUGAUCUGGCCAAUGCGAAUACCGUGCCCGAUCUCAAGACGACGGCCGUCGAGGAUGAAGACUUCGAGCCAAUUGAGCCAGUUUUGUCAUCACAAUCAGGGGUAUCCGACACAAAAACAACCACUGUGGACCCUAAAGAUAGCGAGAUCGUGCGACUGCAGCGCUCGCUCACAGAAUCCAAAACAGCAUACAAGGCUCGAGAAGUCCAACUCCGUAUCACGAAAGAGGAGCUUCAUAACGCACGCGAUGCGCUCAACCAGACCUUCGCGGAAUACUCCAGCCUUCGCGAACAGCUGAAGAUCAUCAAACAAAAUUUAGGCCGGGACCAUCAAGCUAUUGUAUAUCGGAAAGACAUUGAGCUCUUCGCACUUCGAAAGGGCAACGAGCAAAAGGACAAGAACAUCCAAGAUCGCGACAGCCAGCUCGAAGAAAUGGCUCGCCAGCACAAGACCAUAAUGGAAGUCAAAGACGCACAGCUCAAGUUGAUGAGGGAGCGAUUGAUCUCCAUGGAGCGACAGUCAAGUCCACGGUUCGCGGAAGAGGCGGAGGAAGGGGAGAACGCGCUCGAAGUGAGACUACUACGAGUCAGGAAAGGCAGAACAUCGCCGGAGAUCGAGGAAGACAAGGACGUGGUCAUUGCAAAGCUGCAACAACAACUGGCUUCCAAUACUAGGACUGACGAUGAAGUUGUCAACCAGCAAGCCGAACUACAAAGGGCAUGGGACAUGGCUAAGAAGAUUCAAAAGGCCCUGAAAGAAGAGCGGGAAAGGCAUACACAAACGCGAGAGCAGCUAGAGGAAACCACUGUUAAGCUUGCAGAAGCAGAGCCACAACCCAGGAGUCGAGCGAACUCUGUGAUAGGACGAUUACCCACGAUCGACGAGGACGAACACGACAAAGAUGAGCUCGAAGCCAUGUUCAAUACCACUCAGCAAGACAACCUCCGUUUAUAUGCUGAGGUAGCUGCUCUUGAGAAGCGACUCGGCGAUGCCAAUGCACGAUUGUUUGCCGCAGUGCAAGAAGUUGAAGCUUCCAGGGUGCAGCUCAAUCAAGAAAAGGAGGUCAACGAGGAUAUGGAAACUGCACGUCCUAGCGUAGUGCAUCGUGUACACUUUCAACGUAUGGAAGGUCAGGUGUCCGAGUUACGAGAAGCGCUCGCCAGCAAGGAUGAAGAGAUGGAGUUACUAAGGAAUACCAUCGCUGAGAAGGACCACUACGUCAAGGACAUCCAGGGUGAGCUCGACGCCGCCGCCAGCUUCCACACGCAGGACCAAGACGAAAUUGAACGCUUGAAGCAAUCUAUCGACGAGCUUCAAGCGACCAAGUACCAGCUCAUGCUCGAUCACGAGCGCCUCGGAUCCCAGCGUACCCGACAGCGCGUCAUUUCGAUGGAACGUACUGACCGAUCGUCUGCUCGCUCAAGUGGUGCGACGCUCAUCCAUGAACUCAGUCCACCGCUGACGAAGCAUGCAGAGGAGGCGCCACCUGUGGAAGCUCUGCCGACCAUGCCAGUAGUUUUAGAGCGCGAAGGAAGCAUUCAAGAAACCCCAAAACGUCAUCUUCGUAGUAAGAGCUCGCCUAAGGAUACACCGAACCGCUGGAGCUUGAUGUCGCAUGAUGUCCCACCUGCGGAGUUGAGAGAGCUAAAGAGCAACCGCAGGAGGAGCCUAGGCUUGAAGGUCAUGAUGCAAAAGAUCGUUAGGAAGAACCAGGAGGUUGAGCAUCGAUCUACCGAAGCCUCAACAACACAAUCGGAAGAGCCUCUCAAAAGAGAAGAGUCCAAGCUGAGGCGCGUGCUUGCACCAAAGGACAGAAAUCUAUCCAUACGUCCUUCGACCGCUGCGUCGGCCAUCGCAUCGAAACCAGUCGGCUCGCAACCUUUUGCUAUACCGAAGACUUCGCCUCUUCCACAAGCCGUGCGUCCUCCAAACCCGAGACGCAAUUCCCCAGCAACCCCUCGCUAUUACGCCACUCAAAAGGUGACUGGCCAAGAAGCGAAGGAGAAGGAGAAUGAAAGGCCACGAAGCGCUAUGGGUGAUGAGCCUGCAAGACCGAAAAGUCGACUGAGCUGGGGGGCUACGAAUAAGCUGAAGCGACGAUCAUUGUACUGA